AUUUAAAAGGAAAAAAAAAAGUUUAACUAACCAAACCAGGAUUUCAAAUCUGGGCGAUUGGAGCUUAAACCUGGAGUUCCUCCAUAUUGCCAUUUCCUUUCCUUUCCUUUCCUUUUAAUUGUUUCACAUACAUUUUGACCCUUUGUUAUUUAAACACAUUCAAUUUCCUUUCCUCGUGAUCUCAGUUUUAAGGUUGAUUUCAUUGUUGAUGAAUUUCAUGAAAUUUGUUUAGAGGCAAUGUUGCCAUAUAGGUUUUCUUUCUUUGGAGAUGGGGGAUAUAGUAAGGUUGGUACCGAGGAUGGAGAUAUAAGUCAAUUGAACCCAAAACUAAAACUGCAAACUGAUCGAGAUGUUUAUAGACCUGGAGAUUCUAUCUAUGUCACAAUUGAGAUCUGCAAUCCCCUAAUUGGUGACAAGACUAGUAGUACUGUGCCUUCACUUUGGGUUGAAAGGCUUGGCUUCGAAAUUAAAGGGAUUGAGAAAUUGGAUACCCAAUGGUUUGCCAUCCAAAAACCAUCGACCGGAAUGAAACAUGGGAGAGGUGAACAUGUUUUUUUGGAUUCUUCAACACCAUCAAUGGUUUCAAAUCAGAUUGUGAAUUCUGGCUCUUCAAAAAAUUAUGUGGUACGAGCUAUGCUUCCUAGCGUUAUACCACCAUCUUACAAGGGUACUACCAUUCGUUAUUUAUAUUAUAUAAAGAGUACCAUGUCUGUUCCAUGGCUGCUAAUGGAAAAUGGUCACUCCAGCAAGGAGUCCGUAAAAGAUCUUACCAAAGUGGAGGCUCGUGUUCCUUUUCAAGUAUGGGUAACUGAGAAGGGAAAUGGUUUGGUAAUGGAAGAUGGCCAAAGUGAUGAUAUUGUUCCUUCCACUACCAUCCAAACAGAUAUGUAUUGGAAAGAGAUAGAUGGAGACUCGGAAUGGUUACAGGCUAGGGUGAGUGACACGAAUGAUGGUGUCGAGGAAGGGUAUGAGAGCUCAAGAGAUGAAAUAUCAUCUGUUUCAUCAUAUAACCCUUUGAAGGAAAAUUUGAUUAAAAGCUUUAGAAGUUCCUUAUCCUUUGAAUCAACAACAGCCAGGUCUUCAAAUAGAGAUGGUCCAUAUCAUGAUAUGGACUAUUCGAGUUUGCCUUCAAAUGUCGGACUUCAUCGAUUAUCAGUGGCUGAGGUCAUGCAUGAUUCUAACACUGACAAAUCAUUGGCUGUUUUAUCUCAAAGUCAGCAGCAGGCUCCUGCAAGAACUCUAUAUCCGGAUGUAACAGGAGUAUCUUCUGCACCUACUGAAUCUGUAGCCUCAGAGGGCUUUAUUCGAGGAAGGUCCUAUAAUAUCAGGAUGGAUGAACAUGUUUUGCUAAGAUUUUCCCCCAAAAACUCUGAGUCCACGUAUUACUUUAGUGAUAUGAUAGGUGGUACUCUUACUUUCUUUCAUGAAGAAGGAGCUAGAAGAUGCCUUGAGGUUUCAGUGACACUGGAAACUUCUGAAACCAUAAAUCGGCGUUUUGUUCAUCCUUCUAGAAGGAAUUCCCCAACAAUUACAAAGGUUCAGAGUGAUCAUCAUGAGGUUGUUGCUGAUUUAGUACAGACAAGUUUUCUUUUCUCUAUUCCAAUGGAUGGCCCCAUGUCCUUUUCCACUCCUCACAUCUCGGUUGAAUGGGCUCUAAGAUUUGAAUUUUUCACUACUCCAAAGAACUUAGACUGGACAAGAUACGAGCAUCCUCUUUUAGUAGAAGGUAGAGACAAAAGUGAGUGGGUUCUUCCUAUAACUGUGCAUGCGCCUCCAUCUGGAACUUCAUCCACCCUCACACGUACUGAGAAGCCUUUCUCUUUAGAGCCCUUAUGGGUUCAUAGUUGAAGGUAAGUUGUUUCGACUUUUCCAAUAAACUGAAUUACUUUAUCAAUAAUCUUUGUUGAAACCACAAAAUAAUGAGGGCAUGGCUCAAUUACGUAUUUUACUAGCAUUGUCGGAUUCAAAGACAGAUACAGCUUAACUGAGUUGUGUUCAACUCCAUUACCAUUGCAAUGGCAAGAUUCUUUUUAUUUAAUGCCAAGCAGAGUCAGUUUGAUUUAA